AUGGCAAGCACAAGAAGCAAUAACUGCCUCGCCGUCGUCGGCUCCGGCCCGGGCAUUGGCGCCCACGUCGCCGCCCUCUUCGCCGCGCGACGCUUCGCCAAAAUCGCCCUCGUCGCCCGUAGUGCCGCCCGCCUCGCCGACGACCGCGUCGCCGUCGAGGCCGCCGCCCCCGCCAGCAUCCUCGUCAAGACCUACGCGGCCGACAUCACCGACUUGGCGCGUCUGCGCGACGUCAUGACCCACAUAGACCGCGACCUGGGCACCGUCGAGUGCCUCUUCUUCAACGCCGCCCGCGUACAGCCCUCGGCGCUGCUCGAGGUUGACGAGGAGGACAUGGUAUAUGACUUCAAGAUCAUGUGCAGCAGUCUGCAUGUCGUCGCUAAAUGGGCCAUGCCCCAGCUCCUGCACCUCUCCGAGUCCGAUCCCCACGCAAAGCCGUCCUUCAUCAUCACCAGCUCUCUCCUGCCACAGCAGCCUGACCCGGACCUCUUUGUUCUCUCCAUGGUCAAGGCCGCGCAGAGGAACAUGGCCGAGUCCAUGGCAAAGGUCUACGGUCCGCGAGGCGUCCAUGUCGCCCUCGUCGUCGUGGGCGGAGCUGUCGAUCCCUCCAACCAUAAGCUCAACCCAAAGUAUAUCGCCGAGCGUACCUGGGACCUGUUUUACCAGCCCCGGCAGUCGCAGACGUUUGAAGUCGAGAUUCUGGAAGCCUAA